AUGCCGAAAUCAAGUACAAGUCAACGAAAAAAUAAAAGUAGGACAUGUGAACGUUCUCCGAGCCCUGGGCUGCUCCAACAACUCCAGGCGAUUGUUUCUCGUCUGAAUGUGUUGGAAGACAAUUCCAGGUUAGGUUCAACUAGUGUGGCUACCAUUGGCGGGCAGCCCGUAGUGGAGUCGCCGGGUCCGGCGGUUGGCACCAUAGUGUCGCGUGCACCAUCUACAUCGCGAACGACGUGUGUGACGCCUCCACUGCCGUCUGUGCACGCUUCGCAGGUCCUCCGCCAA